AUGGAUACUUUCAAAUCUUCCACCACGACCACGAUCGAACGACCCAACGACAAAAGACUGCGCAUGCCCUGGGGCAAGAAAACUAUAUCCCUAAAGAAUUCUGUCCUCUUCAACAAGCCAAAUCACAGUGAGGAAUGGCACCAGGCCAUCGACGCAGCUGCAGGUGUCUUGCACCCCUCAGACCCGAAGUUUCCCUACGGCCUUCUCCGCGAACAGACAGAGGCAAGAUCAGCCAGCCGGAACGCAGAUAUACGUCUCGCGAUACUGAUUACCUCGCACGAAGCGAGAGAUGUUGCUGUUGCUGCCGCAGCCCACGCGAUCACUGCAAAGAGCCUGAGAGCACUACUUCAUGCCGACCUCAACGUGAUGCAAGGAAAGUUACUGGGGCUUGAAAGAUGUGGCUACAGUGUCUGA